CGCUUGUUUUCGCUACUCCGGACUGCCCGCCAUGUCUCUCGACUCGGCGCAGCCUAUCGCCAGCACGUCGACCGCGUCCAUCCCCGGCACGGGCGACGAGAAGCAGAUCGCAAUCCGCCUGUCGACCAAGGACCCGCUCUACACGAUCCCGCCGGCCAAGUUCCUCGUGCCUGCGAGCUGGCGCCGCUUCCACCUGUCCGAGCUCAUCAACAAGGUCCUCGACAAUGAUUCGCCCAUCCCGUUCGACUUCCUCAUCGACCAGACGCUCCUGCGCUCGUCGCUCGGCGCCUACUGCCAGUCGACCGGCACGAGCGAGGAGGUCGUGCUCGAGGUCGAGUUCCUGCCGUCGACCCUGCCGCCUCAAUUGGAGAGCACGUUGCCGAGCGAGGACUGGGUCAGCGAUGUGUCGGUUGCGGUUCGAGGAAGCAUCCUCACGGCGUCGUACGCCGGCACCCUGUCGCUCCAGUCGAACGACCUCCCGCCGGGCACCAACCUCACCUUUACCGGCCACGACCUGUCGGCCCUGUCUGCGACCUACGUCCCGGUCCCGCUCGGCUCGGACGACAAGCGGUGGGUCGCGAGCGGCGGCAUGGACCGCGUCGGCCGCGUGUGGGAGUACUCGAUCCCGACUCUCUCUCUCGACGCCGAGCCGACCGUCCCCGCGCCGACCUGCCUGUACACCCUCUCGCUCCACCAGGCGCCGAUCUCGUCCGUCCGCUCUCGCCCGCUCCCUCUCGCCUCGACCUCGGCAACGCCCGCGCCGCACCUCCUCACGGCGGGUUGGGACGGCCUCAUCGGCCUGUGGGACCUGACGCCGGGCUCGAACGAGGGCGAGGCGGACCUCGAGGGCGCCGACAGGAAGAAGAAGCGGCGGCGUCAGUCGACGACCGUCGUCAACAAGGUUCCUUCAGCCGUCCUGCGCGGCCACACGGGCAAGAUCUCGCGCGCCCUGUUCGACCGGAGCGACGUGUCCAAGGCGUACUCGGCAGGGUGGGACCACACGGUCCGCAGCUGGGACCUGUCGGUCGGCGAGGAGACGAGCAGCAAGACGAGCGACAAGGUCCUCCUCGCCAUGGCGCAGUUGACCGCGCCCAACCUCCUCGCGACGGGCUCGACCGACCGCCUCAUCUGCCUGUGGGACCUGCGCACCGACGCGACGCAGAACAUCUCGCUCACGCUGUCGGGCCACUCGGCGCCCGUCUCGGCCGUCGCCGCGCACCCGACCUCGUCCCUCCUGUUCGCCUCGGGCUCGUACGACUCGACGGUGCGCAUCUGGGACGCGCGCAGCCCCAAGCAGGCGCUGUUCACGCUCCCGGUCCCGAAGAAGGAGGGCGACGACGACAAGAAAGAGCCCGAGAAGGUUCUCGCGAUCGACUGGGACGGCGAGCGCCUCGUCGCCGGCGGUGAGGGCUCGAGGACGAUCGUGUGGCGGGUCAGUGGGCAGGAGAGCCAGGCGCCGGCGGCGCAGUAGAGACUCGUCUCUCUGGAACGACCUUUCUUCGUAUCUCCUU